AUGUUCCAGCUGGUGGGUCUGGGGAUCUUGUCUGUGGGAGUGUGGGCGUGGUCGGAGAAAGACACCUUCAGCAACCUGAGCCGCCUCGCCAACGUCGCGCUUGACCCGGCCUUCGUGCUCAUCAUCGCCGGGACGGUGACGUUCAUCAUUGGCUUCACUGGUUGUGUGGGGGCCCUGAGAGAAAACACGUGCCUCCUGGCUGCGUACGCCUUGUUCCUAGCUGUGAUUUUGCUUCUACAGAUUACUGCAGUGUUCAUGAUUUUCAUUUUUAGAGACUGGAUAAAGCUGCAAGCGACAACCGGUUUCCAGGCCUUUAUCAUCCACUAUCGGGAGGACCCAGAUCAGCAGAACCUCAUAGACUGGAUACAGGAGGACUGGCUGCAGUGUUGUGGUAUUGAAGGCCCAAAGGACUGGGACAAGAACAACUACUUCAACUGCUCCUCUAGGGAUGUGGGCAGCAGGGAGGCGUGUGGCGUACCGUUCUCAUGCUGCAAGAGGAAACCUAACGAGAUAAUCAAGAACAAGCAGUGUGGUUAUGAUGUGCGAAAACCUGGAUAUUUUGCAGAUGGUUGGACUAACCUCUCGCCCGCACAGAGCGGUGAACACAACAUCUUUGAACGAGGCUGUUGGCGGGCGGGAGAGGAGUGGGUGGAGCACAACCUUGUACCCCUCCUGGUGGUUUUGGUGGGCAGUGUAGUGGUGCAGAACUACGACGUGUCCAAGAUCAUCUACGAGAAGGGCUGCCUGCAGGCUGGGGAGGAGUGGAUAGAAAGGAACCUGCUCAAUAUCUCCACUCUAGGCCUCGUCAUCACAUUCCUGCAGAUCAUUGGGAUCUGCUUCUCGCAGAACCUGCGUGCCGACAUCUUCGCGCAGAAGUCCAAGUGGCACUGACAGUUCAGGAUGCCCACAGCCGUCUAGUCCCAGUCGCGUCGAGGCCUCGGAAACGUCCAUCUUCACCUCUCCGAUUGCCUUAAUUUUUAUACAUCCCCAUCGCGCUUUCAGCCGCAAGCAACCCAUCUCGUCUGGUCUGGCUCAGAGUGCCUCUGCGCUAUUUAUGUUGAUUCCGAGACCUCAUAUAAAAUUCAAUACACUUUUUACGAAUAUAUAGAAGGCUAUCAAUAGACAUAUCUAAUAACGAUAAGGGUUAAAAAUUUCCGUUGAGGAAACGUAACUAGAGGUGGACUUUUCCGACUGACCUUUCUCUACCAUUCCUAUAGGAGUGUUGUGAUAGUUUUGUAUCUGAGAGACUAUGUAUUUUGUACAUUUUAUAAGAGUAUUGAUUGAAUGUGUUCAUACAUGUACCGUACUGAUACCGGAGUGUACUGUAGUAGCUAACAAUGACCAAUGUACUAGAGUAUAGUUAGUAUGAAAGCGAGAGAUCGUUGUAGCCUUGAGUCAUGCGAUGUUAGUCUAGUCGUUAGCAUUCCGCCACGGAUUCUUAGCUUUCCAUCAGUAACCACUUGCUCCUGAAUUAGACAUUGGCAAACAACAGAACUGUUUAUUUUGCUCAAAAAAUAUUCUGUAGGUUUUUAAUCUGAAUUCUAGGAAAACAGUUAUAGCUUUUUUGUAAUUCGGUAAAGCUAAAAAUAGUUCAUGUUUUUAAUUCGUCCUGUGUUUAUAAGGUACAAGUUUUUUACUUAUGUUAUCAUGGGAUAUGUGAAACAAAAUGAUACAAAACAACUUUAUUUUGUAACACAACAUAAAAUAUGAUUUCAGAAUAUUGGUUUACGUGGUGUGGAUAAAAAAACAGUAAUUUUCAAAAGUGUACUAGUAUUUAAAUGUAGCAAGUAUGUCAUUGCAGUAACAAAUCUUCUAGAGGAUCUAAAAUAGUCCAUAAUUAUUAAAAUUAUAAUUAAGUAAAAUAGAAAUCUCAAUAACUCGAUUUGGUAUAAAUUUUAACUACUAACAAAACGUGUUAACCUAGAAAACACUAAGUUUUUAUUUAGGAAACAACGUCAGGAAAAUAUAACCCACUUCUAAUUUUAAAUUUCCAUGUAUUUUAUGUAUUGUGUUUAACUUAUUUAUUAAUAUUCAAAUGAAACUUAUUUAUGUAUUUAUUACAUCUUCCGAUUAUUGAUACCAGACAUUAAAAUUAUAAAAUAUUUAUGUUUAUAUAAAGUACAUCAAACAAAAUUAUUCAAUUCUGAAAUGUACCCAACUAAAAAUAUUUGCAUUCUUGUACGUAAUAAUAAGUAUAUAAUUAUAUAAUAAGUAUAUAAUAAGUCUAGGAGUAAUGUAUCUAUAUUUUUUUUAGAUUAAUCCAAACCAGAAUGGAAAUGCCAUUUAAAAACUUAGUCUAAUGUUACUGAUAAGAUUUAAGUUACACCCAACCUAAUAUGUGAUUGGUGGUAGAUUUAAUUAACGAAAUGCAGUUUUAGUUUAAUUUGUCAAUGGGAUUGAAAUGACUAAAAAUAUCGCUGAUAUUCAACUAAACAGUGCUUAGCAAUGUUUUUACUGUACAAUAAUGGUUUAACAAACUAGGAAACUGCUUACUAAACUAUAGAAACUACUGGUCUGUCUUACUUAACAUGUGGUGCAAACAUAUUGUAAAAAUGCCUUAUGUUGAUCUGAUUUUAAAUCACAACUUAAUAUGUUAACUAUACAAAGUAAUGAUCUGUUUUAAAGCCAUUAUAUUUUGUAAUUAAUGUGUAUAACUGAAAAGUGUGUGUAUUAUUGAAAAGUUCCUUAAUACUUUUCAGACCUAGUUUUACAGUACUAUAAGUAACCGAUCUGACUACAGUGGUGCUUUCAAACAGAUAUAAUUUGCUACUGAAUUAAUUGCUGUAUUUUAACCAAAACUUGUCUUGUGUAUGAUGUGUAAAUAUGUAUAAAUAAUAUUUUAUAUUUAUUUUAA